AUGCCUUCGAGAAGCACGGUCACGGCGACAGCUGUCGUCAGCUACGACUGGGGCACUUCGUCCGAUCUCAAGGCACUCUACAUUCAAACCUACACCAUCUUUACGUCGUUGCAACGCAUUCACCAAGAAGCCCUUCUCACCGAUCGAGCAGGCCGCAGCGCAACAGCUAACUCUGUGCUUCCCUCAGCAGAGACUAUUCAAUACUAUAACAGGAUCAGCGAGCACUAUGCCCGCGCCAUCCAGGACUACCUCGAUAGGAUACAGCUCGAUGAUAGUGUAGACGCAGCGCAGUUUCAAGCAUGGCGAGAUGUACAGACCAUCCUCCGUCUUGCUGAAGUACUCUACUACCCAAAAGAUGGAAGAGGUGUCAGCGUUGUCGGCGAAGAGCUCUUGCACUGGCUCAACUCGUUCGAUGUUGCACCUACCACGGAAGAAGGUCAAGAAAUUGCAGAGUCUGCGGUACCUCACGAUCAUCCAUCCUAUUGGGACUACGUGCUUCGUUGCGUGCUUCGCGGCUUCCAUACUUCGGCAGCAUCGGUGCUCAAAUCGCUCGACUCGCAUCCUUCAGCCGUCAUUCGUAGCGUAGCUCAAAAAGCCGCCAAACUUCUCUUCACACUUCCUCGCUCGACACAUUUCUCCAUGGAGCACGAAUUUGUCGCUGCUCACCGCAGCUGGCUUGCCAACGUACGCAAGCUGAUAAGCGGUCUCGAGCACCAGAUGGAUGAAAUGGAAGUAGAAGCCGGAAACACUGAAGAAGUCGAGGACGAGAGGCUCGAGUAUGAGGCGCAAUUCAGGUGUCUCCUCGAGCUCAUGGCUGGUGUCAAGGACCGCAUCUUUGAAGCCUGCGAAGAUUGGCGCGAGGCGUUGGGCGCUUGGGGCACACUCGUUCAUCCGACGCUCAAACGCGACGACGUGCCUUCGACGGCCGCCAUCAUCUUGGAACAGUUCCCUAUCGAUGGCACCAUUCCGAGCGAGCUGGUUCAGCAAUAUCUCAUCAAAGGCGAAGUGCGUCAAGCAGUACAAAAGGCACAGGACGUCGACAUUUGGCUUGGCGCUCAUUUGGCAGACCUGGCGGAGAAGGUGGGCCUUAUCGAGGACGAUGAGCAAACAGAGUCUGGUGAUCUGCGUCAGGAUCUGUUGUUCAAGUAUGCUCAAAGCUUGUUGGAUGAACAGGGCUUGUGGAGGAUCUGCAUCGACUACCUGGCAGCAUGUGGCGAAGCAGGGAGGAGAAAGUCGUCUCACAUCAUUUUGUCAGUGCCGUUGGAUGGACCUGAUACAGACGAGGAGUCAGAAGAGGCGAACAACGCGAUGGAAGAGGAUGCUGAUGGUGUAAACGGUGCGCCUAGCAACAAGACCAAACGCGUGGCGAGAGCAGAGCAGGUGCUGAGAGCAUGCUCCGACCAUGGUCUUGAAUUGGAAGCUCGCGUCGUGUGCCGUCGAAUGUCUCAAAAACUGAUGGAGCAGGGCGAGUACGGCAUGGCCAUCGCUUACUGCGUACGAGCUUCCGACACGGUUCUCAUUCGCACCAUUGGCGACCGCAUCCUGGGAGAAUAUGUCACUCGAGGAGCCGAAGCCUUCAACCAGAUUGUCGACUCUUUCCCCUCUUCGCUCAUAACGCCAGCCGAUGGUCUGGAAUUCAACGGCGACAACCUGGAUGGCGAGCAGGAUGCGGUGCUCGAAAAGCAUGCCCGAGGCUUCUUCUCAAAACGACUCGCGUUCUUGGCACGCUUCCGCGACUUUCAUCGGCUGUAUGCAGAUGGCCAAUGGGCUGCUGCUGCGGGCCUGCUGGUCGAGCUCGUCACCACUGAAGCUGCACCCGAACGAUUCCUUGCCGUUCUGUUAGUGGAUGCGAUUCCAUUGCUAGAAGAUGGCCAAGCGACGUGGUUCGAUCGAUCGCAGACAUUCGAGUUGAUCCGCAUCGUCGAACGCAUCACCAACGCAGUAUCGAUGCAUCCAGACAUGUAUGAACAUUUCCUCGGCUUUCUCCACCAGUUGCUAGGCAUCAAAUCACCCAAGCAGCAGCAGCAGCAGCCAAAAACGCAAACAGGCCCCAACAAGCAAGAGGUGCUGUCAUCGGUUAAGGCUUCUGACAAGCUGGAUGCGGUGAGACUAUCGCUUGCACGCAACUUGGCGCGCGUUGGUGUGAUGCAGGCUGGAAUCGUCUGA